AUGGUGUACCAAAUUACAGUGGAACCCGGAAAAGACAGUAAUGAGCCCAGCGAAAGUCUUUACAACGCCACUACUCUACUGAAAGUGCUCGCUAUAGACCAAAAUAGGUCAAACCUAAUGAUAGCACAUGCCAAUGCGCAACGGUCUCUGGAGUUGAGGAAAUCGUUGGAAUGUAUCUUUGCAAAUACAAAUAUACCCAUCCAGGUGUGCACUCCUCAACGCCAACCUGCACCGAACAAGAGACAGCUAAAAAGGAAAGACCCAAAACAACCUUCCACUGCAUUGGUGGUAUCAUGCGAAGACAAAGAGAAGACGUAUGCAGAACUUUUGAUGGACAUUAAAAAUAAACUGCAAGUGGCAGGAUCUCUAGACAAAGUGAACUCCGUCAGGAAAACAAAAAGGUGA